AUGGGUGUCCAAGGACUAUGGCAGCUGCUACAACCAGUCGCACGGCCUAUCAAGAUCGAGACGCUCGAAGGCAAGCGUCUAGCUAUCGACUCGUCACUAUGGCUCUACCACUUCCAGAUGGCAAUGCGCGACAAAGAGGGGCGCACCCUCUCAAAUGCGCACAUACUCGGUUUCCUCUGGCGUAUCCUCAAGCUGCUGUUCCACGGUGUCCGUCCUGUCUUUGUCUUUGAUGGCGGCGCUCCCGUCAUGAAGCGCAAGACGCUCUCGGGGCGAAAGGCGAGAAAGCAAGGCGCAAAGGAGUCGCAUGCGCGCACAGCUGAAAAGCUUCUCGCAGCGCAGAUGAGGCAAGCUGCCGUCAAACACGUUGCCGACGGCCAGGGCCAGGCGUCUUCGUCAACAGCUCGAAACGGCUCUGCUUCCGAAGAUGCUGCCGGUCUGGGCGAGAACACGGUCUACUUUGACGAUCUCCAGGCUGGCAACCCCAGGGCGCUCGCCUCUCGCGACCUACAACCGGCAGACCCCACCAAUUCAGCUGGACCGAGUAGAGAGGGCAGUGGAUCACCGACCAAGUCAGGCGGACGCAAGAUCGACUGGCACAAGGACCCAUAUGCGUUGCCUGCCAUGGAGAAGGAUCUCCACUCCGUCUCGGCCGCCAACGGUCGUAAGGGCAGGAAGAAGGACUAUCGCUUUGCGACCGAAGACGAGCUUCGAGCGGUCAUGAACACCAUCGCCCCGGAAGACCUCGACACCACCUCAGAUCUCUUCCUCAGCCUGCCUGCCGAGCUGCAAUACGAGCUUGUAGGUGAUCUGCGUGCCCAAUCGCGCAUGACAUCCUACAAGCGUUUGCAAUCUAUGCUCGCAACAGCGCCCACCCCUAUCGACUUCUCACGCGCCCAGAUUGCCGGUCUCAAGACUCGCAAUGACCUGACGCAGAAGGUCCUCACUGUCACGGACGAGAUCGGCAAAGCAAACAUCAAGGUGCCGAUCCGCGUAGCGGGCGAGCGAAACAAGGAGUAUGUAUUGGUACGCAAUCCCGGAGCAGAGGGAGGAUUCGUCCUCGGAGUACGCGAUGCCGGCACAACCCAGGAGAAGGCCAUCGACGUCGACCACGAGCAUGAGGAGAUCAACAUCACCGACGACGAGGCACAACGCACCGACUCGGAUCCCGAGAUGGAAAUGGACGAUGUCGAGAUUCCCCAGUCAGCCUCGCCUUCGCGUUCGGCGAGUCGAACUGUCGAUCCUGAGCUCGACGAACUGCAGAAGGAGGCGAACCCUUACACGCGCAAGGAAAAGGCACUCGAGCUACUUCAAGCGCGAGCCAAGUUCCAUGCCAAGCAGAAACGCAGGGAGGCAGGUCUGCACGACGAUGACGAGGAUGAACUGGAACGUGCUCGUCGGCCUCGACGCAAACGUGGGGAGCGACCUCUUUUCAUUCGCAACCAACGAUCGUCUACUGCCGACUCAGGCAAGUCUGCACAACAGUCCGAUUGGAUCGAUGUCGAUGCUGACGCGGAUGAUGAAGGCGACGCGUUUCGGAUGAUGCAAGACGUCGAAGACGAGCUGGAGGAGGACGAGACGGAAGACCUGGCUCGAGCCAUCGCCGACUCUCAAGCUGGCAGUCGCAGCACCGUAGUGCCAGAAGCAGGCGAGGCCGAUGUCGAAAUGGACGAGGACGACUUUGAGGACGUGCAGCCAGAAGCGCCGUCCACCUUGCGCGAGGUUCAGCCGGUCGUCGUGCCUCUUCCCAGGGUGGAGACAGACGAUAUUUCUGCCGAGAAGCCGGAUCGCAUGCAGGAGCUGGCGGCGCUCGUUGGGCGCAGGAAAGGAGGUGACGUGGCGAGAGCACCUCCUCCGCCUCGCAAGAGUCUCGCUGGAAGCCUGCGUGCUGCUCGUCGAUCGACGUCGACCACCAACCUGCUCGAGAAGCCCGAGGCGUUGCCCUCACCAGAGGCAGCUCCGAAGCAGAGCGAAGAGGUAGUGGUCGCUGUCCCAAUUGUGGAGACGCCUCCGCGCCCGUCGCCAGCAAAUGCUCGCCGCAUGGGUCCACCCCUGAGAUCGGCCUCGCAGCAACGACUCGAGGUGGCAGCUCCUCGUCCCAAAUCUGCAACGCCAGCAAACUCUGCAAACUCUGCAAACUCUGCAACGCCAGCAGCAGCACCGUCGGCGCAGCAAGAAGACCUGCCUCCUACGCCCGAGGAGGUCAAUCGCCAGAUCGCCGAUGGUCUCGAUGCGAAGAAGGCCGACAGCGUUGAUGCUUUCGAGCUGGUCGAGGCUCCUUCCAUGCGAAAGGACGUCGAAGCUGAACAGAUCGCCACGGUGCCUGUCCUCGAAGAGCCAGAGGAGACCGGUGUACCGGUGUCUCUGGCAGCUCCAGAAGACGCAGCUCAAGGAGUGCAAGGUCCAGGCGUCACAGAGAACGGUGCGGACCCUGACGCCGUGGCCUUGGACAACAUCCCAUCAGCCGCAGCAGAGCACAUCUCCGAGCCUACUCCCAUCGACGUCCCACCAGCAGAGAUCCAAUCAGCGCCGGCGAGCAGGCAGCAAACGCCUCUGGAGUGGUCCCCCACACCCUCUCCCUCACCCGAACCAGUCGUCAUCGGCGCAGACGGCUUCCCCCUCCCCACCGCCGAAGAACUCGACGCGCUCGACACGGACGACGAAGACGCCAUCGCCCGCCUCAACGCCGAUUCGAACGAAUUCGUCGCCUUCCUCAGCGCCACCAAAGGGCGCAGUCUGCUCGACGUCCAGAAAGAAGUCGAGAGCGAAGUCAAUGCUCUCCGUGCCGAGUUUGCCAACAGUCGCCGUUCGGAGGAGGACAUCACCAAACAGAUGGCGCAGGAGAUCCAGAUGAUGCUUCGACUCUUUGGAUUACCCUACAUUACGGCGCCGAUGGAGGCCGAAGCGCAAUGUGCCGAGCUCGUCUCGCGCAGGCUUGUCGACGGGAUCAUCACGGACGAUAGCGAUGUGUUCCUCUUCGGUGGCACGCGCAUCUACAAAAACAUGUUCAACAACAACAAGAUCGUCGAGUGCUUCCUGCUAUCGGAUAUGCAGCGAGAACUCGGAUUGGAUCGCGAGAAGCUGGUACGGCUGGCGUACUACUUGGGAAGCGACUAUACGGAGGGUCUGGCGGGAGUGGGACCGGUGGUGGCGAUGGAGCUGCUGGCGUUGUUCAGCGGCGAGGAUGGAUUGCUCAAAUUUCGCGAUUGGUGGAUGCGCGUCCAGACGGGCAAGGAUACGGAAGAGCAUACACGGGGAAAGACGAUGAGGCGGAUCAAGAAGAAUCUACGGAACAAGGUGCACUUGGAGCCGAGUUGGCCCGAGCCCGCGGUGUUGGAGGCGUACUAUGCGCCGACGGUGGAUGAGAGCGAUGAGCCGUUCGCAUGGGGUCUGCCGGAUCUGGACAGUUUGAGGACGUUCCUUGGCGAAUACCUUCAUUGGCCAGUGACAAAGACGGACCAGUACCUGCUCCCCAUCAUCGAAAGGCAGAACGCGCGCAACCGCGCACGCGGCAAUCAGACGACAUUGGAUCGCAAUGGGUUCUUCGACACUUCGGCUGGCACAGGCAUCUACGCGGGCAGGAAGAAGGUUACGUACGGCAGCAAUCGAUUGCAGGAGGUCAUCAACGGGUUCAGGGCGGCGAACAAGCGUGGGGGUGCCACCAGUGCGAGGAAGGGCAACGACGAGAGCAGUAGUAGCGAUGACGAUGAGGUGCAGGUGGUCGGCGCGAGGAUGCAGACGCCCAUGGUGUCCGAGGAGAUGCUGGGCAAGGAGAUGGCCAAGAGACGACCGAUUGUUCGACGCGACGAUGCGGGACCUGGAGUCGAAGCCUCUGAGGAGGAUGGAGCAGCGAGACGAGCCGAGCUGGAUGCGGCGAUCGAGGCUCUCGAAGGUGCGCCUCCUGGCGAAACGGACAGCGCUGCAGCCACGACGGCGUCGAAACGCAAGAAGAAGCCUGCCAAGCCGAGGAAGGCUCGCGGUGGCGCCAAAGCGACCAACAACGAGGAAGCUCUUCUGUCAUCCUCAGCCUCGUCCAGCUCGGAGGACGAGCCUCUCGCCGUGCCUCCUCCAGCGGCCAAGACCGCGCGAACCACUCGAGGUGGGCGAGGACGCGGGCGUGGCGCAGCGCGUGGCACCACGACCACCACUCGAGGCCGUGGCCGCGGUACUCACACUGGCAAAGGCAGUGGAGCUCGCGCCAACCUGCACGCAGCCCGCAACAUGUCGUUGGACGACAUCGACUCGUUGCCACCGAGCAGGAGUCCGAGCGUGGACCCGGCGACGCUGCGUGCGAGGAGCGUGCGCCGAUCCAGCAGUGUGAGUUCGCGUUCGUCGAUUGCGUAG